AUGGCCGAGACUCAGCCCGACGCCAACGGCCAGACUGUUGACGGAGCCAGUGAAUACUUUCGUAAUACUCAGAGACCAAAGCAACUGUCCAAGCAUGAAGCAUUGGCAAAGGAGUUCAUACAGUACCACGUGGAAACCAAUCCCGAUCGCCGCAUUGCCAUUGUCACCUCGGGAGGUACAACUGUCCCGCUCGAGAAACAGACUGUGAGGUUCAUCGACAACUUUUCCGCAGGCACGCGUGGCGCGACUUCUGCUGAGUAUUUCCUCCAGGCAGACUAUGCCGUCAUUUUCUUGCAUCGGCAAUUCAGCCUGCUACCCUACUCGCGACACUACAGCCACAGCACGAACUGCUUCCUUGAUUUUAUGGACGAGGCCGACGACGGUGGCGUAAUUGUGGCCGAUGAGUUUCAAGCCAAAAUGCGCCGAGUUUUGCAGCAAUACCAGCAUGCCAAGAAGAAUCGUCUGCUUCUGCUCUUGCCUUUCACCACGGUCACUGAAUAUCUAUACGCACUUCGGAGCCUGGCAACCCUCACGAAACCACUGGGACCAAGGACGCUCUUCUAUCUUGCCGCAGCGGUUUCGGAUUUCUUCAUACCCGCAGAUAGACUCGAAGAGCACAAGAUUCAGUCGAGAGAAACGGCCGAUGGAAAGGGCUCGGGCAAGAAGUUGAUCAUCGAUCUCGACCCGGUACCCAAGUUCCUGAAGACGCUUGUGCAGCAGUGGGCUCCCAAAGGCAGCAUGGUGGUCAGCUUCAAACUCGAGACUGAUCCAGAACUCCUAGUCAGCAAAGCAGAAGAGUCCCUUAGCAGAUAUCAACACGACUGCGUUAUCGGCAACCUGCUGACUACCCGCAAGUGGGAGGUUGUGUUCAUCACCCGAGACCGAGGAGAAAAGUGGAUUCGUGUUCCCAAAGCACGAAGAUCCAAGAGCUUCUCUGGAGUAGAAAACAUGGUUGGCCUCGCAGAUCACAAGAAGGAGCCCGAGCAGAUAGAUUUGGAGGGUGGGACGGUGACAGAAGGCAUGGAAAUAGAGACUCUGAUCAUACCGGAGUUGAAGCGUAUGCACGACGAUGUCAUUGCCAGGCAAGAACGCCAUUGA